AUGGCUUCCGUGAUUCAGAUGCAGAAUACAAAUAUGAACCAGCAUGUCACAUUUCCUAAAAACAUUCGGCCACGGUCAGGUUCUUUUGGGCAGGUUUGUCUGCCCAAAAGAACCGAAAUUGCUGGCGAUAGACAGACAAUUGUCGCAGCACUAGGGACCGUGGAAGUAGCCACUACUACCAGUACUAGAGCCAAUACGAAAACCACCGCCAGCACUAGUACUACUAGUAAUUUAACUCAUCAAUGGAGAGAAAUUCAAGGUUCAAACAAUUGGGAAAACCUGGUGGAGCCAUUGCACCCACUUCUCCGGCAAGAAAUUAUUCGAUACGGUGACUUUGUCACUGCGUGUUACAAGGCCUUUGAUCUCGACCCAAACUCCAAACGCUACCUCAACUGCAAGUACGGCAAGAAGAACAUGUUCAGAGAGGUUGGGCUCGAGAGUUGCGGUUAUGAAGUCACCAAGUACAUCUACGCCACUCCGGACAUCAACAUCCCAAUCCAAAACGGCGAGUCGUGUGGCCGUUGGAUGGGAUACGUCGCCGUUUCAUCAGAUGAUGCAGUUAAGAGGCUCGGAAGAAGAGAUAUUGUAAUCACCUUCAGAGGCACAGUCACAAACCCUGAAUGGGUUGCAAACCUAAUGAGCUCAUUGACUCCGGCACGGCUUGAUCCUCAUAAUCCGAGGGACGAUGUGAAGGUGGAGUCUGGAUUUUUGAGCUUGUACACGUCCGACGAAAGCGAAAGCAAGUUCGGGCUAGGAAGCUGCCGGGAACAGCUUCUUUCAGAGGUGUCCAGAUUGCUAAACAAAUACAAAGGUGAAGAGUUGAGCAUAACAUUAGCAGGACAUAGUAUGGGGAGUUCUUUGGCUCUUCUUCUUGGCUAUGACAUCGCCGAGCUCGGGUUGAACCGAGAGAAUUCCCGAAGGAAAAUACCGAUUACAGUGUUUUCGUUCGGGGGCCCGAGGGUAGGGAACUCGGGGUUCAAGCAAAGGUGUGAUGAAUUGGGUGUGAAUGUCUUGAGGAUUGUGAAUGUGAAUGACCCCAUUACCAAGAUGCCUGGGGUUGUUUUCAAUCUCGAGAACUUUAGGGUUUUGGGAGGUGGGGGAUCGUUUGAGUUUCCAUGGAGUUGCUCAUGUUAUACUCAUGUGGGUGUUGAAUUAGUAUUGGACUUCUUCAACAUGCAAAACCCUUCAUGUGUUCAUGACUUGGGGACUUAUCUUAGCUUGCUCAAAUGUCCCAACAGAGUGCAGAUUCAAAAGGAGGGUGUGGAUUUGAUGAACAGAGCAAAAGAAUUGCUCUUGAAUUUGAAUGUGAGCGCUCAAAAUUUCAACAUGCAAGUGCCAAUCCCAUGGAGAAGUGCUUCUGCCAGAAGUACCAGAAAUAUGGUGAAGCUGCAGAUUCAAUCACAAAGAACAUAA